ACGACGCGGUGCGAAUUCGAGCGCGGAAAGUAUCGGCCUUUUUAUUAGUCAUUGAAGUUUGAUUUACUGCGUAAAAAGUGGUCUAAAAUAUAUUUGUAUUUUAUGAAUAUAAAUAUGUGUAUUGAAAUAGUUUGGUAAAUGAUAAGAAAGUUUUGUGAAGUCUCAAUAUGAAUUAUUAAUAGCGCAGUUUUCAUGAAAUAAUCGUUCUAGUUGAUGCUGUUAAAGUGGAUUAAAAAAUGACAAGUCAGUGUGUGUGAGCAAUAAUGAAUGCAACGGAAAUAUUGGAUUUGUUCAAUUCGAGCGUGAACCUGAGUGGGACCCUUCCCUUUGGGUCAGAGCUGGAUAUACUGUUCCAACCGGAGAGUGUGCUCAUAGCGCUAUAUGUGCCCAUUAUUCUGGUGUCAUUGGUGUCUAAUAUACUCCUUAUUGUGGUAGCUGUUAAGUGCAAUUAUACUAAAAACGUCACAAACAUCUUCCUGGUGAACUUGUCAGCCGCAGACCUGCUAGUGACGGGCAUCUGCAUGCCGAUACAGUUGAGCAAGGCCAUCACACUGGUGUGGUACUAUGGAGAAACCGUGUGCAAGAUCGUUAACUAUAUACAGGGUGUGGCGGUAGCGGCGAGUGUGUUCACACUCACAGCCAUGUCGGUGGACCGCUGGCUGUCGAUCGCGCCGGAGCCGCGCCUGCGUCCGCCCGGCAGGAAGCAGGCGCUGCUGCUGCUCAGCCUGCUGUGGGUGCUGGCGCUGUUCAUCUUCAUACCGCUGCUGUUGGUGGCCUCCGUGCGGAGAGAGGCUGUACCUAUAAUAUCACAGACUUAUUUGAACCUUUCGAUAGAAACGAAGGAUGUAUAUUUCUGUACAGAGGAGUGGCCGAGCCCCGAGUCCCGGAAGCAGUUCGGUACAUUUAGUUUUACUUUAGUCUACGCUAUUCCAGGUUCAAUAACAAUACUAUCGUAUGCGUGUAUGGGACGCACGCUGUGCUCCGUGAGGCCGCCCUUCGAUAUCGACGAGGGAAACGUCAGUAUGCAACAAGGUCUCCGGUUAAUGAAGGAGAGGAAACGCGUGGCGUGGAUACUGCUGCUGCUAGCAGUUCUGUUCGCGCUAUGCUGGCUGCCGUACAACAUCAUGCAACUACUGCUGGAUGUAAACCUUGUAAAUACUAAAGACUUGAGCGCGUUUCUCCCCUAUGCGCUAUUUGUUGGUCAUGCGAACUCAGCCAUCAACCCCAUAGUGUACUGCCUGAUGACGAGGAACUUCCAGCGCUCUGUGAGGAAGCUGGUCUGCGGCCGCGGCGUGUGCCAGCAAGCCAAGUUUACGUGGCGGUGCACACAGAAGCCGGACGGGUCGUCAAGCGAUUAUGAGCUCUAUCACGAACCGCAUAAAAGAUGCUAUUUACAGAUGAACUCGCUCCGCUACAACGGGCACGUGCACGCGGCGGGUGUCGCGCGGCGCACGGACACACGCGCGCUCACGCAGCUGUCGCACGUGACGCGCUCCUCGCGCCGCACCGCGCCCGCGCACGCGCUCUCGCUCGACAUGCUGCAGCGGCACGGGCACAUCGACAUCAAGUGA